AUGGAAGACUAUACAACUUCAUAUCAUGCUCUCACAAUUCUUCUAACUCUUCUAUUCCUCUCAAACUUUCAUACAUCCUUAGCCUCAACUAGUUCCACCACCACCGAAAAAUACAAAACCUAUAUCAAAACCGCUUGCAAUUCAACCACAUACCCAAAAGAAUGCAACAAUGCCCUCUUACCCUUCGCUUCCAAAAUAAAAGCAAACCCUCAAAAGCUUUGCAACACUGGCCUCUCUAUAUCCAUAAAAGCCGCAAAAAACUGUUCCUCAACGAUAUCAAAGCUAUCCAAGAACAAGGGUUUCACGCAUAGUGAAGUGGCAAUCAUUAAGGAUUGCAUAGAGAACAUCAAGGACUCCAUUGACGAGCUCAAACAAUCUUUGAACGAAAUGGGUCAUCUUGGAAGAUCUAAUGUGAAGGCUCAGAUUUAUGAUAUAAAGACUUGGGUCAGUGCUGCUUUAACAGAUGAAAAUACAUGCACGGAUGGGUUUGAUGGUAUGAAUGUUAGCAAGACUGUGAAGAACACAAUCAGGAAGAGUAUUCUUACUGUUGCUACGCCAACUAGCAAUGCUUUGUCUCUUAUUAAUAGUUUACACUCCUACUAAUUAAACUUCAACCGGCCUUAUUGGCUUGUCCUU